AUGGUAUAUCUUGGAUCCGCUUUUCCAGGUCCUGGUCUGGCGUUUAUCGCGUACCCGAAAGCAGUGAGCCUGAUGCCUGUGGCUCCUCUGUGGGCGGCGCUCUUCUUCUUCAUGCUGCUUCUGCUGGGACUGGACAGCCAGGUACGGUCUCACAGCCACAGCCGCAGCCACAGCCACAGCCGCCCUGAUGGCAGAGAGUCACUCACACGUGUUGGUUUGCAGUUUGUGGGAGUGGAAGGCUUCGUGACGGGGAUCAUGGACCUGUUUCCGCACAGAUAUAACUACAAAUACAAGAGGGAGAUUGCUGUGGCGCUGUGUUGUCUCCUCUGCUUCAUCAUCGACCUGUCCAUGGUCACACAGGGCGGCAUGUACGUGUUCCAGCUCUUUGAUUACUACUCGGCCAGUGGGAUGACCCUCCUGUGGCAGGCCUUCUGUCAGUGUAUGGUCAUUUCCUGGGUUUAUGGAGCGGAUCGGUUCAUGGACGACGUGGCUCGGAUGAUUGGAUACAGGCCGUUGCCGUGGAUGAAGUGGUGCUGGUCCUUCAUCACUCCAUGUGUCUGUUUGGGCAUCUUCCUGUUCCAUCUGGUCAACUACAAACCUCUGACCUACAACAAUGACUACAUCUACCCGUGGUGGGGCGAGGUGAUUGGCUGGUUCCUGGCUCUGUCCUCCAUGCUGUGUAUCCCCGUCAGUAUCAUCUACCAACUGUUCAGGGCCAAGGGCAGUUUCUCUCAGCGCUGGACUCACCUGACCACGCCCAUCUGGGGGAGGCACCACCUGGAGUACAUGGCCCCUGACAUUAAGCCACCGCAGCCUGAAGAGCAUAAGAUCAUCAUUUCCGAGAGCGUCAUGUAA